AUGUCAGGUGGUUGUUCAUCAUCGCAGAGCUCCCUUUUCGGUAUUUACGAAGAGUCAUUAUUCCACAGUACACCUUGUAGUACACUCAAAUUCGAAUCAUGCACGGUCGUCAAUUUUAUCAACAGCGAAAUAAAUAAACAACAAAUGGUUUGCAUGGAUGAAGCAUUUAUAAUGGAUAUAUCAGCUACAACAAGAAAUCGCUACUGGUUACGUGAAAGAAAACAAAAUAUUUAUAAAAUUAAAGAUACUGAAAAGAAAGGUACAAGCGGUAAUAAUAACAAAAAGAGUCAAAAAAAGUAA